AUCUAUAUAAAGUAAUCGCGUAAAAAUCGCAAUUUCUUCGUUGCUCGUUAUUCGAUAACCUCAUAACAUUUGAUCUAAUUAUCGUGCCCAGUCGCGAUUACAUAUUUCUUCUUAUAUCUCCUAACGAGCCAGUCUGUUGUUUCUCGACCAUCGUUCGGGAAAGUUGUGCAAUAAAGUGCUGCCACGUCCCUACAUCUUUUCUCCUUUUUCUUUGUGAAACACUAUCGCUGCAUGAUUGCCGAGGAUCUUGAUGCGAGGCGUCUUCACGAGCUUUUGCAAGAUUUCUGUCCCGGUUGUCAAGGCGAAGAAAUGGCAUCCAUGCCUCAAGCUGCAUUUGCAUCAAGCAAGAUCAAACAAAGAGAUGCUGCUAGAAAGUUCCUAGAGUCCACUCAAAUGGAUAUAUCACCAAAUUAUAACGACAAAUAUAUGAACAGCAUCUGGGGCCAGUAUAAUCGGUAUUCGGUCCACAAUUUGAAAAAAAUUAUGGACAACACAACCAACAUCUUGGUCUUCUCUAUGCAGACUGAGUAUGAGCUGAAACUACCGUGGCCAGUAAACAGCUGCGUCAUGUGAAUCCAUGACCCGAUGCUUGCAGUCUAACGACGUAUGGAUAUCAGAUAUCAAGCGCUUUGUCCACUGUGCUACCACUCCGUUUUGGUUCCAUUCGUUUUGCCAAUCAUCUACAACUGCUUGCCGUAUCGACCUUCUUACAGCAGGUAACACUUCACUCCUGCGUACGUACACCAGCCGUCUUUACUUGGCUAGUAAGUGGUAGUAAGGUUCUAUACAUUUUCUACUCCAGUGCCAAGCUCCAAAUUGGGGCCGCAUACAGAAGUAUCGAAUGCACUACUCCACAUAACAAAUGCCGCUUACCAUACGAGUAGCCCUCCAAUAUUCGGCAUGAUUCUGCCCAGUGCUGCCGCCCUUCCUUCCG